AGGGAUUUCACGGGAUUGCAGAUUGCAACACUUCGCACCCAGACACAGCGUCCGCGCUCUUCCCUACUGGCUGUCCGUUUGGGAUGGUGGACGACCCAGUGGGCGGCAGCGACCUGUUUGCGUUGUAAGCCGCGCACCGCAGCACUGGGUAAUUUACUGGGCGGCAGCUGGAACGGCGACCAAGCCGGCGCGAUGUCCAAGCCCAAGCGCUACUUCGCCAACAACCUGCCGGACUACGACGGCAGCCCGAUUCCCCUGGAGCGCGAGCUCUGGGUCGAGCGGUGCCGCGACACCGUGCAGCGGGUCUUCGCGCACCAGGGCACGGCCUUCGACGACUGCGAGGGCGGCCUGUACGUGGGCGUCGCGGGCGUCGCCUACAUGGCGCUUCGCAUCGCCCAGAGCCCCCAUUUCGCGGCCGACAAGGGCCGGCUGCUGGCCCGGGCCCAAGGUUACAUGGCGCACGCCCUGAGCUACGCUGAUCACCCGAGCGUGCGCGGGGACCGCUCGGUCCAGGCCGCCUUCCUGCUGGGCAACGCUGGCGUCUGGGCGCUGGCCGCCGUCGUGGCCAACCAGGCCGCCCGGCAGGACGACUGCGACAACUACGUAGCCAGGUAUGCAGCAUUGGCCGACUUCUGCUCUCCUGUCAAGUUCCUCGACUGCGGCAGUGACGAGCUGUUUGUCGGGCGGGCGGGUUACCUGACUGGCCUCCUCUACCUCAACUCCAAGCUUGGCAUUGAGGUGCUCCCUCAGGAGAAGGUGGCAGUGCUCCUGAGCUCUGUGGUGCAUUCCGGGAGGGAGUAUGCCCGCAAGCACCGCUCCCCCUGUCCUCUCAUGUACGCCUACUAUGACGUCGAGUACCUGGGUGCGGCGCAUGGGCUCUGCUCGAUCCUGCUGGUGCUGCUCCAGUUCCCCUGGUUUGUGGGCGCAGACCCCUCGGUGGAGCGGGACCUCCGGGCCUCUGUCGACUUCUUCCUGCACGUCCAGACGCCCAAGGGAAACUUUCCCUGCGACCUGGAUGAUGUCACCCGGCCCCGCCGCUCUCAGGACGAGCUCGUGCACUGGUGUCACGGGGCACCCGGCGUGGUGUACCUGAUGGCCAAGGCGUACCAGGUGUGGCAAGAUCCGCGCUACCUGGAGUCCUGCCUCCGCAGCGGCCAGCUGGUCUGGGAGCGGGGCCUGCUGCGCAAGGGGCCCGGCAUCUGCCAUGGCAUCGCUGGCAGUGGCUACGUCUUCCUGCUCCUGUACCGGCUGACAGGGGAGCUGCGCUGGCUGCACCGGGCGCGCCAGUUCGCCGAGUUCAUGUUCACCGACGAGUUCAAGCAGGCCCGCACGCCGGACUGCCCGUACAGCUUGUACGAGGGCCUGGCCGGCACUGCCUGUUUCCUGGCAGACAUCUUGGAGCCCCGCAGCGCGGCCUUCCCCUUCGUGGACGUCUUCUAAUGGGCCGGGUCCCUCCGGCCGACCGCCAGCCUGUGUUCUGCCGUCGGUGGCUUUGUUGAUCCGCCCUUGCGGUCCUUGGAGAGGAGGAUCGCGGUCGUUUGGAAAGGCAUUCUUACGCCGGUAUUGGGUUCUAAUUCAAAGUGGCUGCACUAUCGGGAGUAUAUGAAAACAGGACUUCUGCACGUCCGUCCCUCCCUCGGUCUCGAAUUUGAUCGUCCUGAAGAGCGAACUGACCCUUUGGGACGAGUGAAGGUCGAUUCUGACAUUUGUGUUUGAUUGUGAGCAACCAUGUCGUUACACUACGACGCAUUGUGUGCACCUGGGUUGACGUAAUCUGGGGACACUGAACAGGAGGCACCGUGGCUGGCUGCUGGCCGAAAAGCUUGGCAGGGCACCACGACAUUCGAGCUCGAGAUAGCGUCCCACGGUUGCGGGUGUGGGCCAUAGCAGGGUUGUAAUAUUUCUGCGUAGGAUGGCACUACUUGUCCAUCCAAACUUGAUUGCCCAGUCAGCAUAGUGACCGUCUCGUAACCAGUUACGAGCAGUAUUAGGCAGUCGGACACACUGAAACGCAAAUGUCUGAACCGGCCUUGAAUCAUUGCUGGGGUUGUCCUUCGGUCACACCUCGGAUGGCUCUAAGCAUUGAAAUUGACAGUUUUAUGAUGAUGACGCUAUUAACUGGAGAUAACAAAACAUUGUGCAAGAUUUUCUUCCAAAUGGAAGCCAAAGUUGGUAGUUGAGGUGCCGCACGGCACCUGAUGGAAAUACAAUUUCCUGAAGGUAUUGCUCAAGGUUACUUCUGUCUAAGGGAGAGCAGGCUUUAUGCCUGAGCUCAUAAAUUCAUAGGCGAGCUCACACUGUGACAAACGAAGAAAGGAUGUUUUUAUGUCGUUGCCACGUAAAGCAGGUGUGUUGUGCGUGAACCUUGGAAGUCUUUUUGUCUAGCCAUGCUGUUCCAUGUUCCGUGGGUGUGUUCCAAGGCUGCCAUUGUUAAGACUUGUUUGUAGUGGCUGUUCUGCACAUACAGGCUGAACCUAGUGCAUUGACCCUUUGAAAGAACUGCAGAAAUAGGUUUCUUUACAGAUUUAAAUUUGGCAGAGAGGCAUCGUAGUUAGAUGGCACAUUCCUUUAGUUGAAAUGUGAAAGGAUGAGUUUGUGUAAGUAAAAAAAAGCUAAGACAAAAUUGUUUUUGUUUUUAUGGACAAAGCUUAGCUCGCGUGACGCCAUUAAAUAACAUGGUGAACCCUAGCAUUUAUUUUGGAAAAGUGAGAAUAAAUGUAAGUCAAUAAUUUUAUCCCUUUUUCUGUCACAAUAAACACUAUCAUAGCCCAGAAUUAUAUGUGACAAUUUUGUAAAGAGAAGCCAAGCUAAACCUUUCUUUGCAAAAACAUUUUUUUCUUUUUUUUUGAAUUUGGGACAUUUUAUACUUUUAUGCUUCCGAAUAAUAAACUCAAUGCCUACGGGUAUUUCUGUAGUCAAUCAUAGUGAGAGAAACCAAUUUAUACGGUGUUUUGAGAGGCUUGGAAGCUUUUGCGUAUCUUUUGUAGUCUUUCGGCUAAAUAUAAUUAAUAUAAUUAAUACCCCGUCUCUUAAGAUGCCACGGGACCUCAGCAGCAGCAAAAUGGAAAGUGUUGGCAACCAAGCACCGCCUGCGGCUCCAGUUGCCUUAGCAGGAGCUGGAAACCCAGAACAUUUGAAGCCUGUGAACAGUCUUUUCUAGAUACAUGGAACAUCAUCACCGUACGAUGAGCGUGGCCAACUCCGUAAUUUGGCUCGAGCUCGACACCGAGUGUCCAUCAACAGACCGAUUGAACAUGAAGCCCAGCCAAACGCUGACGCACUGAUCGUGUCCAAUUAUUGUUCGAACUCGAUUUUACUGUUACGACAUUAAAAAUUCUAGUGCAUAGGCAUAAGUUAUUCUAGGUAGUGUUGGCAAGAGUCACUUCAGCGUUAUAGCGACAUAAUCUCAGUGAGGAGAAUGGUGAUCAUUUGUUUCUCCUCGGCCUAGGACGGUCCUCCAUUUUGUUAGGGCCAUGCCUCUUGUUUAGCAAAUUCUCCUUUUGCACCCAGAACUGGCCCUCUGCGCUUCGACCUAGGUGACUUCUUGUAACCCGCUUCCAGAGCCUGGCUGUGUGUGACAGAGCAAAGAUGUUUGGAGAUUCUGAGAUCAGUUCUGACUUCACGUCUGAUAUACGUAAAAAAGAAAAAAAGUUGGUGAUUCCAUCAGCUCCAUCUGAAUGUCUGCUUGCAAAGCAGAAUGGCCGAACAUUCAGUGGUUCUCAGAGUCUAGCACAUUGUGCCUCUUCAGGCGUCUGCUAAUCUUAAGACUUCCAAACCUAGAUUUGUCAUUUGUGAAAGGUGCCCAAGCUCCUGGACAAAAGAUAAAAACAAGUUGAGGCACAGACUAGGCCGAGGAAACUAAAACUACAAAACAACCGAUACUUUGUUUCAGUUUCUCCGUUCAUCUUUGUGCCAGUGCUUUGGUAUGCCAUUGGGCAUCCUGACAACGGGGCUAUAGAUUUUAAACUCCGCAAAGUUGAUACAAUAUUGCUUUGGUGGUCUGUGCUCACCCUUUCUGUUCCAUGACUGCACUAGUCACCUCGUUGAAUUUCGUUCAAAUAAUUGUUUGCAAAUGUCAAGCGAAUCUCUGAAAAAAGUUAGUUUGUGGAGCGUAAGGAAAGGAUUGUGUACUUCUUGAGCUCCAUUGUAGCUGAAUUCACUGCAUAAGAACCUUUAGAUUUAUAUCCAACUUCCAUUAUUGACUGUACCUUCUUUAUUCUCAUUUCGGCAAA